AUGUCAGGGACACAGAACAGCUCGAAUGUGACUGGUAACUGGACUAAUCAAUUCGCACAGCCUUCGUGGCGGGUGGCACUGUGGUCGGUGGCGUACAGCUCCAUCCUGGCAGUGGCUGUGUUCGGGAAUCUUGUGGUGAUGUGGAUUAUCGUGGCGCACAGACGGAUGCGCACUGUAACCAACUACUUUUUGCUCAACCUGGCAUUUGCUGAUGCUUCCAUGGCCGCUUUUAAUACUUUAAUUAAUUUUAUUUACGCUGCUCAUGGAGAUUGGUACUUUGGAGAGGCGUAUUGCAAAUUUCAUAACUUUUUUCCUGUGACUUCAGUGUUCGCCAGCAUCUACUCCAUGACUGCCAUAGCUGUGGAUAGGUACAUGGCCAUAAUCCACCCUCUGAAGCCUCAUCUAUCAGCUACAGCCACUAAAGUAGUGAUCGUGUGUAUCUGGGUGCUAGCUGUGGUGCUUGCCUUCCCCCUCUGCUUCUUCUCUACCAUUAGGAAAUUACCCAGGAGGACUCUGUGCUAUGUGGCCUGGCCUCAGCCCAGCGACGAUGCUUUCAUGUACCAUAUCAUAGUCAUGGUUCUGGUGUACAUGCUACCCUUGGUGGUAAUGGGAAUCACCUACACUAUAAUCGGAGUGACACUGUGGGGAGGAAAAAUCCCCGGAGACACAUCAGAUAACUAUCACGGGCAGCUACGUGCCAAGAGGAAGGUAGUGAAAAUGAUGAUCAUAGUCGUCGUGACGUUUGCGAUCUGUUGGCUGCCAUACCACAUCUACUUCUUAAUCACGGGUCUGAACAAAGCCUUGGUUAGAUGGAAGUCCAUCCAGCAAGUCUACCUGUCAGUCAUGUGGUUGGCCAUGAGCUCUACUAUGUACAACCCCAUCAUCUACUGCUGCCUCAACAGCAGGUUCCGGGCUGGCUUUAAACGGGCGUUGCGCUGGUGCCCGUUCGUGCGCUUGUCCAGCUACGAUGACCUGGAACUGCGAGCCACUCGGUUGCACGCGACACGCCAGAGCAGCAUGUGCACGCUCUCUCGCGUCGAGACCUCUAUGAUCGCCAUGCCUGACCCCAUCGACGGCUCUGCCAAGCGGAAAAGCCUGAUCAACCACCAACACCAAAAUCACAACGGCGGCUCUCAUUCCACCAGGAGGGCCCACAAGUACACACCCGUAUGCGACCCGCAUGAGGACUUCUGUUGA